AUACAAACUUUAUAAGAUUUAUAUAUAUCUUUUCCAUAUGGGCAAGGUCCAUGACUUUAUGCUUUUUGUGGCACUAAUACGUUACAAAAGCAGCUACUUUUAAGCAGGAUUGCAGUGCUCGGGCAUUGAUAGCAAUCAUACUACAUGCAUGAUGUGCCAGUUUGAACUGAAAGUGGUCCCACCUCUUAAAGCAGGACAGGGUUCCUCAGCUGUUACCAGGCACAGCAUACAAUGAUUACACUAAUCAAAACAAAUUAGACUUUGGGCGUCAUAUGUGCUGAGCACAUGGUAAGUCUGACUACAGUCUAAACAAGUCCUUCACAUAGGAGGCGACAUGUGCUGUGCUGACUGCUAGCUAGUGCAAAUGGCCCGAAAUUUGCACUAAGCUGGCUGUUGAGCUCUGCUUGUACUUCACUUUGUUCCACCCGCUGUACUUGUACUACACGCGCCUGCUCUGUGUUAUUUCAAAACAUGCAUCUCUCAUUCAUGAAGAAGAAAGCUUUGAGGGGUGCGUCGUUUCCACAACACUGCUUUCCUUCUGAGGUCCCCAGAGCCAUUGAAAGGAAUGACUUUAAGACUGGAGGUCCCUAUCCACAGGUUUCUGUAAGAGCGUACGUAGGCUGCCAUGACAGACCACUACUUCCGUUGUCCGGUUUUAUACUUCCGGUUACUCAAAGCGAGACCCAGCGUUCAGUCGUUGCUAACAACAAAAUCAGUUACUUUGUGCGGUAAUAAGUGGCUUUACCUGUUCGAAGAUGAGCUCGGGUUCAACGUGUGCUGUCGUCAGCUGCCACAAUAAUUCAAGAAAACUGAAAAACGCAUUAGAAACAUUUUGCCUUGAGCAUCAACAACUUAGAAAGGCCUGUCCGUGCCCACCGCCCUACGCACUGCACUCUAUGCCGCGGAAGGAGGAUCGGAAACUAGCGUGGCUGGCAGCUUUAAGACUCAAACACCCUCCAAAGAGAGUUUAUGUUUGCUCCUUUCAUUUUAUCGAUAAAAAGCCCACAGAGCUACACCCCGACCCGGAGCUUUGUCUGGGCUAUGACCGACCCCCACCGAAGAAAAGAAGAAAGCUCACUCGGACCACUUUGAGUGUGACAGCUUCCAGUAAUACGAACAAAAACACAGAAUCUGUACCCGACUCCACAGUGUUACGUUCAGUGGAAUUAGACCAGGCCAGCAUCUCCACACAACCCCCUGAGCCACAUCUGCACUCAGUCCACACACAGUGGGAGGAUCCUUCGCAACAAGACCAUCAAUACUGCAAUAGGUCUCGCAGAAAAGAUGUGCAGGAUAAGAUGACUCAGUGUGAUGAAGUUGCAUAUUUCAUUCUUCAAAAUGAUGCAGACGCUUUGCUGUACACUGGGAUGGCCUUAGAAACAUUUAACACACUUGUGUCGACACUGGAAGGAUAUGACAACAAUGAAUUUACCAUGCCUGUCCGAGAUCAAGUCCUCAUGACACUUAUGAAAUUAAAAAGUAACCGUGUAAUAGGUGACCUAAGCCGCCAGUUUCAUAUAUCACAAAGCAUGGCCAGCAAGAUCAUCUCACACUGGUUAGACAAGCUGGAGGAAGUUCUCCGACCAUUAAUUCCAUGGCUGCCAAAAGAAACUAUUCAAGCAACUAUGCCUGAAGCCUUCAAGAAGAACUUUCCAAAUACUACAUGCAUUAUAGACUGCAGUGAGACCCUUUUACAGGAACCCAGAAAUCUGGGCUCAAGAGGGGAAUCAUACAGCCAUUAUUAUUCAUACAACACAGUCAAAUAUUUGGUUGCUGUUGCACCAUGUGGACUAAUCAUGUUUGUGUCUGUGGCACACCAUCAUUAAGUUUGCAGAUGACACCACGG